AAUAGGGAGGCUUGAGGUAGGUCUGCUAUGGCGGUGUGAGUCUCAUUCACGCUCCUCCUCUUCUUCUUCGUCUUCUUUAUUGGACCUUUAUAUAUCUCUUAGAAGCUCUUGUCGGAGGUCCUCGUCCGCCGGCGAUCGGAGCUCCGUUUUCCGGCCGAGCGAGUCGAUCUUUUGUGAUGCUGUUUUGAGAGUGAGAGAAGCUAAGCCGUGUUUGGUUAAAUAUUUUUGUGGAGUGAUCAAGAUGAAUGGGAAUAGUAAUGGGAUUGGAAAUGGCGGAUUCAGCGCCGCGGAGUCGGAGUACAUUCGGAGGCACCAUCGCCAUGAGCCCGGUGAGAACCAGUGUAGCUCCGCGCUUGUCAAGCACAUCAAAGCCCCUGUUCCCCUCGUAUGGUCCUUGGUGAGAAGAUUCGAUCAGCCACAGAAAUACAAACCAUUUGUCAGCAGGUGUGUUGCACAGGGGAACCUUGAGAUUGGGAGUCUCAGAGAAGUUGAUGUUAAAUCUGGGCUUCCUGCCACUACAAGUACAGAAAGAUUGGAACUUCUUGAUGAUGAUGAGCAUAUACUCAGCAUGAGGAUAGUUGGAGGGGAUCAUAGACUUAGGAACUACUCGUCAAUCAUUUCCCUCCAUCCGGAGAGCAUUGAAGGAAGACCAGGAACUCUGGUGAUCGAGUCGUUUGUUGUAGAUGUGCCUGACGGGAACACGAAGGAUGAGACUUGCUACUUUGUUCAGGCCUUGAUCAGGUGCAAUCUCAAAUCACUUGCUGAUGUAUCAGAGCGGCGUGCAGUGCAGGAUCGAACUGAACCCAUUGAUCGGAUCUGAAAGUUGGGGUUGGGGAUGUGGCGGAGGCUUGGACUGCCAUGGAUGAAGCUUCCGAGGCUUUCGUAUCUCGGAGUCUUUGGAGACAGACUGGCAAUUGUACUAGUUCCAUCAAUACAUACUCGCUCACCUUCCUCUUGUUUGCUACGUUUUCUUCCUUUCAAAAGUAUAUUCGGACUUCCUAUCUUUAGUAGGUCAACAACCACAGCUUUUAUAUGAGUUCUAAAACUGUUCAUGAAUGAAAAAAGUUUUGAAAAAAGGUGGGAAAGAAGAUGGUUCGGGUUCUUCUCUGUGUUCUCCAGGGUUGUCCGGCAGUGGUAUGCUUUUAUGGUUGUAUAUAUGCGCUGGAAAGAGAUGGUGUUUGUAUAUUUGGUUUUAUGCAGAAGUAGUGGUUUCUGGUUGCAUUUAAUGGAAUUCUGGCGAAAAGAUGACAGUGAUCAAGAUAGAGUCUCCUGUAAUUGCUAUUUAUUAGUACCAUAUUUAUCUGUAUUUAAAUGUUUGUCCA